AAGCCUGUGCACACAGCUACAACAAAUAUCGUCUGAAGGCGCUGUUUGUACAUCCCGCACGCCCACAAAUGGCGGUAAAGCUCGAGAUGUCGGUAGCCGGCUAACAGGACGUAACCACGGCGAUAUCGUUGUCAAACUAUCUUGUAAUCUUAUGAUUACACCUGUAAGAUGCAUGAAAACACAUCCUGAGAUGUGGUCAUCAAACAAGGCUGCAACUUGGAGCUGGGCUGUCGCUAUUUUUGUUCUCUUCAUUGGCGGGAAGCCACGGCCAAGAUGUGGACAUCAUCACCCUCCCUCCGGAGCUGGCGGAACAGAUCCGAGCCAGCAUCGCUGACAGUCAGAUCACGGUGACUAACGCCGUCCAGGGGCUGGUGGCCGUGGCCGUGUUCCUCAUCAUUGUUGGUCUCCUGUUAGGACUCAACCACUUCAGAUGGGAACGGAGACACAAAGAAUCCCAGCUCCGAAAGGUGAGCAUGAACCGGAUGACUGUACUCGAACAACCGUCAUUUACUGUGAAAAACGGCGAAGUUCAACGUCGGGAGGAGAACGUUCCGGAGAGCGGCGAAGUUCAAGGCCAGCAAUCGACCGGUACCCUGUCCGAAGGAGACGAUCGAUUGGACAGGCAAAAAGAGCCGCAACCUUCUGAAUACGAGGAACAAGGCACACAGGAGGACGUUGUGAUAAAGAUGAAGCUUCCGUCAAAAUCGUACCCAACAAGAUAUGUCUAUGAUAAUCCUGUACUGGAGGACGGAGAAGCUGAAGAAGAACGACCGAGCCCAUUCAAACACUGGGAGCGUGACUCCGAGCUGGAGGACUACCUUGCACAUUUCAUGUCCCCUCCCAGGACAAUGGACUCUCCCAUCCUGUCCCGUAGCUACAUCCUGGAGUUCUCCCAGAAGUUCAACACUGACCCGGGGAGCCGGUCUGGGCUGGACAACCCCGGGUUUGCGGACCGGCCUAACGAUCCAACCGUGCGCCCGGCUUUAGAAACUGAGGUGUAGUCAGUUCGGACGAUUGCAUUUAGAAGUCAAUAAUUUCUUUGUUUUAAUCUAAUUAUUGUCAAUUUGUCCAUGUCAGUGUCAAUGUCUUUUCCCACGGGCUCGCAUAAGGGAACAGAUUUGCAUGUGUAGCAGACGUAUUAUGCCAAUAAUACUUUGCUGGCUAGCUUUUCACAUCCACCAUAGUGGAUUGCGGUGACAGUCUGUUGAACAUACCAGCAUGCUGCUACUUAAUCAGUUUACCCGCCAACACCUGGUUGCCAAGAUUCAUAUGAUAAUAAUUAUGACGUCAUGGAGCAGAUUUGAUCCGACUUUGAUCUGGUUCGAUCCGGCUCCGAUCUAACUCGAUCCGGACAAUUUUAUCCUUGUGGAAUGGGGACUCUCUAAUAUAGACUGUUUUGAUUUUCCAUUGCCCAAUCAAUAGACUUAAAUUCAAAGUAGACAGGAUCAAUGGUAACACGUAACCACAUGCCGGCCGUAAGUUGCCCAUUUAUCCGCAUUGUGAAACAAUGUUGUUUGGACAUGUUGCCUGAUAUCAGUAUCUAAUACUGCACAGAGGAUACCUGAGUCCUUGUUUGGUAGUAACUUGUAUAUUUUCAAUAAAAUACCAGA